GCAUGUUGCAUUAGAAUCAGCAUAUAGAACUUCGGGUUAGCAUCAUUCUCUGUAAAUUACUUUUACUGAACUGAAAUAUCUUACUGGAGCUGAAAUACUUUGAAGUAAGAACCAUCACGCUGAAAGCGAAAUACGGUGGAGAGACGCCAACAUGGGAUGUGGAAGCAGCACCGCGGUGACUACCCUGACGGACAUAGACAAGACUCUACUCCGGGAAUCGUGGCAGGAAUUCAACGAAGGAGACAUAGUGGAAAACGGCGCACACAUGUACUUAAGGUUAUUUUCUAAAUAUCCCGAAACGAAGACGUUGUUCAGUUUCAACAAAGAUGAGGUGAUCAGCGAAGACAACUACAAGACGAACAGCCAGUUCUGCCGACACGUGAAGAAGGUGUUUGUUGACACGCUGGGCACCGCCAUUAACGGCAUGGACGACCUGCCCGCAUUGGCGCCAACUCUGAAAGACCUGGGAGGACGUCACACAGGUUAUGGCGUCACCAUGAAGCACUAUGGUAUACUUGGCCAGUGUUUGGUGUACUCACUGGAGCACAAACUGGGUUCGAACUUCACUAAAGCUAAGAAACAAGCGUGGGUGAACUUCUUUUCUGUGAUCGCAGCAAACAUGCGGGAGGGGAUGGAAGAACAGCGCAAGAGAGAAGAGAACGAGGCAAAGCCUACUUAGUGGCCGUGCACUGGAUCUUUAAUUCCGAGUGUCUUUAUUAAAUAAUAAUGAACAGAUGGUCACGUAACAAAACAUAUAAUAAAUUCUUCUACAGACAGUGGUGUGAACACCAAAUGUUUUUGGAAUAAUAAUGGGGUUUUUAAAUAAUUUAUUCACUAUGUGACUGUAAUAAAUCUGUGAUAUAUA